CUAAUUAUGAGCAUAAUAUUAGCUAAUAAAUUUGUUUGGAUUUGUUCAUUUUACUUGUAUUGUUAGUCUUUCACCUUCAUAAAUCUGUGUCAAAGCUUUGAAUUUCUUGCGGAGUCGUGUAUAUAGGCUGAAUUUGUUGAUGUUUGAUUGUUCUUUAUGACUGUAAAUUCUUUUUCAAUGUCCGAUUUCGAGCAUUUUGAGCCCGAAUUCGAGGCAUAUCGUUAGCAUUUUGUAGCUCUGCGCAUUUGAAGGCGUUUUUCGGAGGUGGAAAUUUGAAGGAGAUUCAAUUCAUGACUGGUCUUUACAGCUGCUGAAGUUAAGCCUUCUGAGUUCUUAUUUCAACCUAAAGGACAGUUAAAGCCCUGUUGAAAUUCUGUCAGAAAUCAGAAAGCAUUGUUAUAGUAUCAGCUGAUAUGGAUGAAAGAUUGGCUAAUAUAUUUUACAGCCAACAAUUGCAAGAGAAGCAGCAAUUCAAGGAAUUAUUAGAAGCUCAGUCUGUUUCAAAUGCAAAGGCUGAAUUUCGUCGGAGACUGAAAGAACUUAUCCGCAAUCAUCUUAAUACCUGUAUGACCCUUGCUUCUUGCAGCAAUUCUGAUGAGCCUAAUGAUGCCAGUAUCUGUGGCAGCUAUCAUAUGCAUCAAUGGCGCUUGAAGCAUGUGAGGGAGGCAUGCAAUAUCUGUCGAUUCCAGGAUUUAUUGCAGCAAGAUGAAGAUGAGGAUGAGGAUGAGGAAGGUGAGCAACUGCUGUGCAGGCAACAUAGCUCCAAUAAUGGACAAGACUCAAUAGAGUCUUCAGCUGCAAGAAGGCGCCAAUCUAGGAUUCUGAAUAGAUGGGCUGCACGCCAGGCUCAAGAGAUGAUUACAACAAUGGAAAGACAGACACGUGAAGCAGAACUUAUCUCUCUUGCCGGUCUGCAGACUGUAUCAACUAGGGAUUGCUCAUUCCUUAGGGAGUCCUCACCUUCUAGAUCUGUGCGCAGUGUAGAAAGACCAAGUACUCGAGCAUCUACACUUGUGCAAAUGUGGAGGGAAUUGGAAGGUGAGUCACGAGUUAACUCUUCAAGAGAGAGGAAUAGAAUAAGAAUGUCUGUUUCUGAGGUUGCUGAACCUAGAAGAGAAAGGGCACGUAACCAUGCAUCGCCCUGUGCUAGUAACAUAGGUAGAAGAGACAUAAACUCAUUUAAUAACAAUACAAAUGACAAUGAUUCUUUAAACCAGUCAAAUGAGCUGAGAGAAAAUUCUGAAGGGAACAGACACCCGUCUCAGGAAAGAGAGUCGGAAUUUAAUAUACAAACUAACAAUGAUGCUGGUGUGGUGCAAAAUAGGCAUGAAAUGUACAGGGAUCAGGAAAAUGGUCAAUCAGACAGACAAAAUUGCCAGAGUGAGCUAAACUUUAGAAGAGAACAAUCUCUUGAGGAUGGAGAAGGAGAAAGGGAAAGGGUAAGGCAUAUUGUGAGAAGCUGGAUGACAGGUAGUACACCUUUAAUAACACAUAAUUGUAACAGGAGAGCAAUCUUUCAUGCUGAAAUUGAGCAAGAACGAGGAAGAGAUCUAUCACAAGAGUGGGUACAUGUGACAAACCAACAGCCAGAUGCAUCAGGAAACAUGAGGCAGCAUUCUCAAAGGCAGGAGAUACAACCUGGUCUAGUAUAUAGGCAAACAAGGGAACGGGAAGCAGUUCAGGGUCAAGCACCUGUGCAUUUGGCAGAGAAUCAACAAGAUUAUGUGAAUAGGAAUGCACCAAGAUUGCGGGGAAGGCAAGCAAUUAUUGAUUUACUUGUAAGGAUAGUCAGAGAAAGGCAGAGAGAGCUUGAGAGACUAUUGGAGCACCGGGCAGUUUCACAUUUUUCACACCGCAAUCGUAUACAGUCUUUACUCAGAGGAAGAUUCUUGCGUGGUAGAGCUUUGAGUGAAGAACAGAGGUCCUCAACAGCAGCAGGGGAGCUAGGCCAGCUAAGGCUCCGUGGGACUGUUUCUGGUUUGCGGGAAGGUUUCCGAACUGGAUUAAAUAAUACUGGGGGUCAAGAUGUAAAUGAUUCCAAUGUCUCUGAAAAUCAGCAGUCGAAUGGCUCUACAAUCCAUGAAUCCAAUGUUUUGAGAGGAACAGAAAUAACUCAGAAUGAGUCUCAUAGUGACGUGCAAGAAAGUAACCAGGCUGCAAACAGAGUAGAUCAAAGAAGAGAUAUUGAGGAAAUUCAAAAUGGAAAUUCUUUGGUCUCGAGCAUGGGCUGGCAAGAAGCUGUAAUUCAGCAUGAGGACGGGGAUUGGCAGAGAGCAGUAUCAGAGGAAGAUAGCAGGAACACACAAGAAAAUAAUUUAGAGGGUAGGCAGCGGGAAAUGCAAGAAUAUGUUUCCGAGGGAGGGUAUGAAGACUGGCAAGAAGGUGCCACGCAAGGGGUAGAAAUGGCCUGGGAUGGUAUUUUGGAUGAUGUUGACAGGCAUUGGCAAAGAAGUGGUUCUGACAUGGAUGGGGAUUGGAGAAGAGAUGCUUCACAUGAUGCAAAUGGGGAUUGGCAAGAAGAUCCUUCUCCAGAUAUAAAUGUGGACUGGCAAGGAAGUGCUUCACAGGAAUUGGUUAGGGAUUGGCAAGAUCAAUCACAAGGAGCAUCAAGAUCCUGGGAGGAAAUUCCUACUGCUCGUGGAGUCAGCGAUUUCCAAAGUUUAGAAGAGGCAACUGCAUAUAACAUGGAACUCAGGGAACUUCUUAGCAGGCGAAGCGUGUCAACAGUUUUGGCGAGUGAAUUUAGGGAAAGAAUGGAUCAGCUAAUCCUGUCCUAUCUACAGAAUCAAGGCCGCCCUCCUAUAGCUUGGGAUCUGCAGGAGCAGGAGCAGGAGCCAGAAGAACAAGAAGAUGUGGGACAAAACGAAAGUCCAUUUGACAUUAGAGAUGGACCAGUAUUCAUAUCACCACCACCACCGCCGCCUCCACCACCACACCAACUUUGGAGGCAUGAGAUACGCAGACAGUCACGGUCACGUUCUUCAUUACAGCAUCCUGAAAUGGAGUGGGAAGCCAUAAAUGAUUUAAGGAGUGAAAUAGCAAGGCUCCAACAAGGAAUGAGUGACUUACAGCAUAUGGUAGAAACUUGCAUGGACAUGCAGCUGGAGUUGCAACGCUCUGUCAGGCAAGAGGUUUCUGCUGCUUUAAACCGUUCAAAUGGAGGCCAGGAUUUACCAGAGGAAGUUAUUGAUGGUUCAAAAUGGGUUGCAGUCCGGAAAGGCAUUUGCUGUAUUUGCUGUGACAGACAAAUAGAUUCCUUAUUGUACAGGUGUGGUCACAUGUGUACGUGUUCAAAGUGUGCAAAUGAAUUGGUUCACAAUAGUGGAAAGUGUCCAAUGUGCCGAGCUCCAAUUGUGGAGGUUGUCCGAGCCUAUUGUGAAGUGUGAAUAAAAUGGUUGGCUAUUCAAUAGUUGACCUUGUACCAAAGAAAAGAUAUUGCAAUUGUCAUUUUAAGGUUUCCUCCCUUGUACCUUGGAACAUCAGGCAGUUUCUUUGCUUUGCUGGUAAUGUGCAUUUUGGAUUGGGUUGAUUGCUUUAGUCGAGCACAAGUCAAUAUAGGUUAUUCCACAGAAUACAUGGUACUGGUGAGAAAAUACCAAGACCAACCAAUGAAAGGAAAAUAAAUUUUCUGCAGUAAAUGUUGUGGUGAGAAAAUCAACUUCAGCUACACAUAUAUGUUUUGUUGCUGUAUUGAACACUCGUUUGAAGGAAUAUAUUACAAAGGGUAAUGGUAUCAUUUUUUAUUUAUUUACUUAUGAAAUAAAAUUUGACAUAGAAUAAGAGGUUUGACUUUGUUAA